CUUGAAUAUCUCUUACACUAUACCUGUUCUUUCGCAUGUCUGAAAUUGUCGCGCAUUUGCGGUCAUUGCGGCGGUCCUGCGCUCAGGGCAUGGCGUGGAGCUCGGCGCUGGUGUGGGCCGAAAAGGUGACUUUGCUGACUGGCGACACAGAAGACGUGCUCUGGCUAGUCGACGCGCUAGUGACGAAUGGCCAAUACCGGCAGGCAGAGGAAUGGCUUAACCACCAACAGUACGCCAGGCGAAUCUGCAACACUGCCCCAGGACAAUAUUUGGCGUCAAUUGUUGCGCUACGGCUGGGCAGAGCUGAGGAUGCACUGGACUUGCUCGGCAAAGCAGCAGCUGAACUGACCACUGGACUAGCAGGCCCUGGUAUUGGCACACACUCUACAAAAUUCCCAGGUGCUCAAGGUGAAACGCCAACCACGUCAAGGUCAGCGAAGCCAGUGUCCUCACUCACAUCUUCGCUGUAUGACAGUGCAGUCAAGACUGGCCCUACAAAUGCGCCUGCAUACAACCUUGGCAGUAGCUGCUUAAAUACAGCAAACGAGCAUCCACUGAAUCCGCGUGCCUUGGUGCUGUACAUGCAAGGCGCGGCAGUAAUCCAGCUAAGCAAUGCAGGUGGUACUGAGGACCUCCCUAGCAUCAAAGAACUGGCCACUCGUCACCCUGACAAUACCAGGAGUCUGUCGACUAUGCACCGUCGAAGCACUUUAAGAUCGGUAGCCGAAACCCCCGAUCCAGGUCCCGCGUCACAACCUGGUGGUAUCGGCGGAGCUGCGGGAGAAAACGUUAGCCCACUAAGUGCCUUGGUCAAGCGACUAUGGAUUGAGGCGGUCAAGGCUGAUGCGCGGUGCUGGGAGGCCUGGUCAGGGCUGAGAGAGCACGGUUUGCUGACAUGCAAGGAAGAGCUUAGCUUGAUUGCGAGCCUAGAUUGGACCUCGCAUUGUGCUGGAUCUGAGGGAGUUGGGCAGUUCUUUAAGCAGUACUGUCUGGCAACCAUGACUACAUAUGCUACGAAUGAGCAGACAGUCCAGGCAACAGCCAGCUUGUUAAAGAGCUACCCAUGUCUAGUGCAAGAUCCUAGUCUGCUGGCAAUCCAGGCGUCACGACUGCUGUCACUCGGCCGUGCUCGCGACUGUCUCACGUACACCGUGCGUGUUUUGGAGAUUCGCCGUAUCCCGGACCCCGGCACAACCGCAAUCCACAUCAGUGCACUCACAGUACUACACGCCAGAGACGCGCUGUUCCGGAUCGCGCACGAGCUGGCUGAGGAAUUCGGCAUCUCGUCGAUCAAGCGAAUUGAUAUUGAGCCAGCCGACACUGCCAAUGACUUGUUUGCAGGGGGCAUGGCAGGGAUCCCCGGUAGCAGUGGCUCGGUGAUGUCGACCCCCAGGUCAACUUGCUCUGCAUCCAAUAUCAGGCACUCGAUUGGCGCAUCCGCGUCUGGCGUCAGUCGCAUCCGGUCAGGCGCCCGUGGUCUACUUAUUCCCGAAACCCCCUCACGCCUGAAUGGCGGCGGAAGUGCCACAUCCCAAAGGGCUAGUAGAUCAAUGCAGCCAGCGGCCCAGUCUUCCUCUGCCGCUACCGCUGCUGCUUGGAAAGGACUGUGGGGACUACCAACUUGGACACGGCCAGGACCACCUGUGCUGGCAACAUAUCCAUGCGCACUGGGGCCAUCGCAUAUGACGCCAGUUAUCAAUGACACGUCUGUCUCCACAAUGGAUACGUUCUCAACGACCAGCGCCCAGUCGAUCGGUAGCCCAACCCAAGAUGAGUUCAUCGGCGCCUCCUUGGCAUGGUUUGCGAUCGGUUGCUACUACUUGGUGACGGCAUCGAUUCUAACAGCCCCAGCCUCUGCUCAAGCCGACUGGGGGCAGUCACAUACGUCCUUUGGGAUUCUGACGUCCGCAGCUCGCCUGGGCAUAUCUGGAUCUAACAGCGAUGGUGGGACCUCGCUGCGUCGUGGUCAGCCGCUGACACCUGAAGCUGAGCAUGCGCUCUCUGAAGCCCGCCGGUGGCUUACCAAAACGACCCUUGUCUCACCGCGCAGUGUUUCGGCAUGGGCCGCUUUUGCCCAUACGUUCGUGCUUGCUGGAGAGUGGGAAUCGGCAACACGUGCUCUGCACACAGCUGUCGGUCUGUGUGGAUUCGAAGGUGUUGUUCACGGCGGUGGCCGCGACUCUGGAUCGAUAGCAAAGUCGUCACACGGGACACCUAGCAAGCACGCGGCAUUUAGAAGCGCACGGGUACUGCAGUUGCCAGAGCGUGGCAGUCGGGCUGCACAUGCACCACUGGCAAGCCUUGGCAGUGUUUACCUACAAAUGGGUGACCUAACCAUGGCCGAGUCAUGUUUUGAUGCCAGUAUGCGCUGCCUGAGUGGAUUCUGCAUCCGCGACUGUCUCUCUCUAUGGAUGCCGGUCGUUGACGCCAUCCAUGAUGACCAGAUCCUAGCCUGGUGCGAGAACACCAGCCAUAAGCAGUCCGAAUCCAAUCGUAUUAGUCACUCAGCAUCAGCCAUGACUGACCCACAGCUGCUCAACGAUAUUGGUGUCCUAUACUACGCGCGCAGCGAAUUUAGUACAGCAAAGCUGCUCUUUGCCAUGGCACUCCAUGCUCUGCAUAUCAACACUAACCAGCAACAUAUGCUGCAAUCGGCAUUCGCUCCGUCGCAGAAGCACACUACGCGCUGGUCACGAGCGCCAGAUGCUCAGGCUGCAUAUUCUCUGCCCAUGGCCAACCUGGGCAAUGCUUUGCGUCGCAUGGAUCGACUUGAUGCCGCACUGCUGUGCCUCGACGCAUCGGCAAAAUGCAUGCCAUCCAACCCCGAAAUUACACUAUCGACUGCGUUCACCCUACACUCUCGUGCAAUAUCCCUACUCGACCAAAGCGACUCUGUCAGUGCCAGCCGCGACCUCGACCGCUCCAUCGAUUUGUACCACGAUAUUCUCUCCUCGCGACCUGGUGACCCAGUCACCACUGAUCUUCUGGCACUGGCACUGGAGUUAUCUACAAACAUCCAAGGCACGGUUUUGCUAGGUGGGCUGUUGGAUUUCAGCAAGGGACAGCAUGCCCAAAUGGACCAGCAUCCUCGAACCCCAGGUGAGCUGAAAUAUCAACGGGAUGUAAGCAGCAAGCCAUCAAAUCCGAGUUCUCCUCACCAAGCCUCCAUUUCUAGAGAGGAAUUACCAGCCAUAGAGUUAGACCAGUACUCCAGCAGCUACCACCCUUCAUCCAAUCGUGCGUCACUGGAGCCAGAAGUUGAUGAAAGUGACGAGGAAAUGGAGAUUGAAGAGGAUACCGACAGCGAUAUGGCUGUAGACUGAUCUGGCUAAAUGCUGCGCCUUUGAAUACUUUAAUACCAUGCGGUUAACCGACACCUCACAGUUCACCAUCUCCGUGACAGUGUGAGAUAAGAACAAGCAUGAAGUAAUGAAGCAAACGAUCACAGAGCGCUCAUGGAGCGGGGCUUGGCAGAUAAGGAGAGCCCGUAGUUGAGGAUCGUGGCCCAUAUCAAGACUGCCAUCCAUAGAAACAGUAAAU